AUGACUAGCUCUUGGAAGACCCUAGCUUUGGCUUUCCACUCAAAACCAGUAUCCCAGUCGUUACAACUGCUUAUUGCCUGUGUUUCAGAGACCAACCGCUUUCCCUGGAUGUAUGAAGAUGAACCUGAGUCGUCGUUCUAUUCAAAAGCUUGCGGUGGUUAUAUGCCCUAUAUGCAAACUGCCAUGAAUUGUUACGUAUCACUGACAGAAGGCGCAGAUCUCUCUCUUUUCGAGCAGUUGGAUAAUUACAAAAAUGCGUGCAAUGCGUUGACCGGCACAAACUUUUCUGAGGUCGACAUUCAGCACAUUUGGCGCAACGGUACACAUUUUCUGCAAAACAGUCAUAUUGUGGGCGGGUUGGAGCGUCUUACGGCGCCAAUUGUGUUGUCGGAAGACGUGAUUUCCGCAACAUACCUAUACUGCCGCUACACAUUCUACAAUUUCGUCGCAGCCUUCAAUUUCAACUUGGUGAUCAAUGGUACUGUGGCGAUUUUGAUUCUGUGUGCCAUUUGGGCCCGUGUUUCUUCUUCUAGCACCAAGUUCGUGCGACACGUACGAUCGAAAUAUCUAGUUCCUGCGUUGUUCGAUACGACGCACCACACCGAGAGUACAGCCCUCUCCUUUUACAAAAUCUUGUUUCCAACAAGAGGCGAAGCUCUUGCCCUGUCUGUGUUUUUGUUGAUCAAUACAGUGCUGGCGUUGUACAACUAUCCUGUCGUGAGCUCCAAUAUGGACACGAAACUCUUCUUUAUGGUCAGGUGUCUCGCCAAUAGGUGUGGUGGCCUGUCAUUUGGAUUGAUACCCUUGACCAUUUUACUGGCGGGCAGAAAUACGCUACUUUCACAGCUCACUGGCAUACCGUACUCUAGUUUUCUGUUUUUUCACAAAUGGGCAGCUCGCACCAUGACGUUUUAUGCAACAAUGCACUCGCUGCUGUGGAUUUUCUAUGCUUGCGUUCGGCUGAAGAUGUCUUUUUGGGUAUCUUUCUUCAACUUUGACUAUUGGACAUGGGGCGUUUGGGCUGCACUCGCAGCUACUGCCUUAAUAUUCCAUUCUAUACACACCUUCAAAGCAAGACAAUACGAGGUUUUUCUUACAAUCCACAUUACGUUGGGUAUUAUUUUCCUUGUAGGGUGCUUGAAACACUGCGCAACUUUUGGGUGGUUAGGUUGGAUUUAUCUAGGCGCAGGAUUCUGGAUGUGGGACAGGGUAGCCAGAUUGUGGAGAGUGCUUGUCAAUUUUGGUGGGUACAAAAACGCAUUUGCGUAUGCUCUACCUGCCCAGGACGAGCUUUUCAAGAUCACCGUACCAUACGUUGAAUCUGAAAGAUUUAAGUUCUUCCCAGGCUGUUACGGGUUUAUCUACAUCCUUGAGCGCAGGUAUUUCUGGCAAUCACAUCCUUUCACGCUCAUGAGAAGGAAAGAUAAUAUUGAAAUUAUCGUACGCGCCAAGGAGGGCAUUACCAGGGACUUGUACGAGCGACUUCCCAGUGACGGCACGAAAGUGCCACUUAGAGUCGCAAUUGAAGGGCCUUACGGUCACGAAGCGCCGCUAGAGUCUUAUGACAACGUGUUGCUGAUAACCAGCGGUGCAGGGGUACCGGGCCCGAUCAGUUACUUGAGCAAAGCUGUCGAGAGGAUGAGCGAACGAGGAAACUACACAUUUGUGUGGAUUGUCCCAACGGAAUCGUUUAUGGACACCAUGAAAAGCUCACUCAUGAGCAUCGGCGAGACAAUGCGUGCAGGAUGUUCUAAAAGACAAAUCAAAAUCCAAAUUUUCGUUACGCGACCUCAGUUAGACGCUAGAUUGUCAGAAUGGAGGCCCAAAGAGAUAGAUAUUUACAGAUACAAGCCAGACGUCGCAGAACUUAUAAGCACGUUUUGCAAAAACGCAUCUGGGAGUAUUGGGAUAGUGUCAUGUGCGAACCCUGGACUGGACGAUAGAAUACGGCGGCACGUUUCGUGUGAGAUUUUGAGCCAUGACGCCCGCAUUGACUAUUUCGAUGAGUUACAGGUAUGGUGA